AUGCAAAUUUAUCCUGCUGUUUUUCGAUUAGGCUGGGCAGCAUGGAGAUGGGGCAAUUGGGGAUCCGAGACUUGGUUUGGUUUUGGGUCAGACACUGGUCUAACGACCUCCUUCGAGAACGUUGGUUUGACACCCGCACAAGGCGCAGAAUUUAUAGGACAUUCUGUUGAAGCGGCAAUUGCGGAAUCUGAGUACGACAAGCUCUGGUGUGCCCUUUCCACCGCUGAUAAAACUGCAUCUACAGCAUUGGUUGAUAUUGCUCCACGUUUUUUAAAAUAG